CGACUUUGGGAACUACUAACUAAAAUGGCAGAGUUGACUUGACACAGCUUAGUAGAGUUAGAGUGAACGAACGUGUAGGUUGAUCAAAAAAAAUUUACACUGUCAGUCACUUGUUGGUUCAAAAUACUUUGUUUUAUACUAUUACCAUGAAUGUUAGAAAUAAAUUAUUUACUCUACACGUGUAAUUAAUUGAAUUCUGUUUUCAUCUAUUGUGGAAGUCUUUAGUUCGUGAUCCUUUAACACCGAGCGGUAGCAUCGUCGUUCAUCGCAUCGUGUAUUGCAGUAAAAUAAUUGCAGAAAAAAACGAGAGCAUUUUGUGUAAUUAAUACACUGUGUGAUAUUAUAAAGCAUAAAAAUGUCUGAUUCUCGACGACGUCGUAAAUCGGAGCAAUCCGGCGCAUCAGACGAUCUUUCAGAGUCCUACGAUGAGCUAAAUGCAGCUAAAGGAACACAGAGCAGUGAGCAUACUGAAGGACAGAGAGAUUCGGAGUACGAUACUGCUGGAAGUGAUGCAGAAUCAGUUGGAUCUCAAGAUGAUAUUCCAAGAGAAAGGGGAGAUGGUCAAGAAGAAGAUAAGCCUCAAAAAAAAUUAGAUGAUGAUGAAGAUAGACGUAAUCCUCAAUAUAUUCCUAAACGUGGUACUUUCUACGAACAUGAUGAUCGAACGACUGAAGAAACUGCUGAAAAUGCUGUAGAACAGCCGGUUGAACGAGAGACGAAAGAGAAAAAAGUUUGGAAAGAUAAAGAAGAUAGAUGGGAUCAUGAUCGAUAUAAUGACGAGGAACAGGCUCCAAAAAGUCAUGAAGAACUCAUUGCCGUUUAUGGUUAUGAUAUUAGGAACGAAGAAGGACCACCAAGAGCUAGAAGACGUCGACGAUACGGUCGAGGGCCGAAUAAAUAUACUCGUAACUGGGAAGAUGAAGAUGCUUAUAAUAAAACUUCAGGAAGUCAUACUCAUAAACAUAAUAGACGAUCGAAUAAAACAGGAGAAGAAUUUCCGGCACUUGGGGGAUCUAAUAAGGAUCAACCAGACGUGGCGGAAGAACCGGUUAUAUCGUCAGCUUGGUACAGUAAUAAAAAUAAAUAUCAUAAUAAACAGCAAAACGCCUUUCCACCACUGCAAUCUCAGCAAGAAAAUCAGAAAACAAAUACAUCGACGGCGAAUAAUAUUCACACAAAUGAAAACAAAGCGCCUAAUGAACCUACAAAUCCAGCAUGGAAGAAGGAAGUUAAACAUACUCCACAGAAUUCCAGUCCAAAUAGAAAUAAUAUCACUGGAGAUGGAGAAAAAGUAGUUUAUACGAAAUCAAAUCAUACCAACAAGAGACAUGUUGAGUCUGUGAGCUUGGCAGCAAGUAAAGCUCGAGGUCGAGGCUUUAAACCUAAUGCUAAUAAUAAUCUCGUCACUAAUAGAAUCCUGGAUCUAAAGCCAAAAGGCCGAGGUAGUGGAAUUAUUACUGGAGACAUUAGAAGAAAUAAUAUUAAUCAACAUGAUGAGGAACAAGUCAUUAAUGAAAUCAAACAUAUGAAUAUAAACGAUGGAUCAACUUAUCAUCACAGUGGACGACAACAAAAAAAUUUCUAUACACCAGCAUCAAACCAACAAAGGCAACAAAGUGUCCCACCACGAAUGCAGCCUCCACCAUCACAGCAGCCCCAACAACAACAACAAACUCCAACUCAUUCUCAACCCCCUCCUGAUGUCGCUGGGAAUAGACCAAAACGGUAUUCAAGUCUUCGUCAACGGCCGACUAUUUCUGAAGGUCCUGGCCAACAAAAUUAUUCAGCUCAGCAUACUCAGCAUACAUUCUAUCCACCUCAAGGUGGAAAUUCUCACGGUGUUCUAGAGCAACCAGGUUAUCCACAAGGCCAUUAUGAACAACCAGCUUCAGUGCCAACAUCUGCAAAUCCUCUGGCCGCACAACCUGUUAUUCCAAUGCCCACUGCUGGUCAGCCUGGCACGUACGCGCCUCCACCGUUCUUAGUACCACCACCGCAAUUCUUAUCUACUCAAACUGCACCUCCAAGCAUCAUAAAUUACGUUCCAGGUCCUAAUGGACCAGCGUUCCAACCGAAUUUCCAAGGAUAUCAAGGAUAUAAUCCUCCAGUUCAGCCUCAAGGACCACCACCACCUGAAUUAUAUCAACCCCAAGGUUGUACAUACUACAGUCCAGCUCAACAGCCGCAACAACCACCACAAAAUGCUCCUCCUCGACGACCAAAAGCAGCUAUUCCUAUUCUGCCACCUCCAGACAACUCCGGAGAAGUAAAACGUCAUCAAAGCAGUAGAGGUAGAGGUAGAACUGUUUCUCAGACAAUUCAAAAUACAACUCCUGGUUCUGUACCACCCACAGGUGAGUCUGAAGUUCGAAUUGAUGCACCAGAGUCAACUGUAAAAAAUUCGACUGAAACAUUUGACAACAUGCCGGUGGAAUUAACGGAUGAAGUCCAAGAAACUUCUUUAAUUACUCAACAUCAACCUGAAGAUGAAAGAAAAAUAACAGUUGAAGAAGUUCAAAAACCAGAACCAGCUAUUGAAAUAGAAAAAUGUAUAUCUGAUGUUGUUAUAAGUAAAGUAACGAUUGAAUCUCCUGAAGUAGAAAAUUCACAAGUUCAUAAUAGUGAUCAAGAUAUUAUUGACGAUAACAGUUCUGGUACUUUGCCUCCUGCUAAAUCAGUAGAAAUAGAGGCUGUAUCUAUUUCGGAAACGGAAAUAACCAAAGUUGACAGUGUGAAUUUAAACAAAAAUCCUGUAGUUGAAGAAGCAGCUGCCUAGAUAUUUUUAUGUGAAAUAAUUUUGUAGAAAUUUUGUCACAUGUCUCUUUUACGUAAAAAAAUGCCACCGUAUAAAAACUACUACUAACAAAAAAUAAUAUAAGAAACUAAUUUUCUUAGAAAUGAUACUAUGUGCCCACAUUAUCACGGAAAUAAUUUAAAUAUUUUGCUUAACUAUUAAAUUUGAUUUAUGACAUACGCUGCCUAUAUUAUAUAUACAUAAAUAUAUUAAUCUCACUAGUUAUUACAAUAAUUAAUAUCGAAAUUUUAAUUGUAAUUAUAAAAAUUAUGAGAUGCAGAAUGCCAUAACAAUUAAUACGUGCUUUGCGCAAAUUAUUAAAAGAAGAAUAAAUAAAUACUUUCAAUAGUGCUCAUUUUAAAAAAUUCUAUACGCAAUUACGUAUUUAACAUACGGAUAAAUAUGUAACGUUAAGUUAAAAUACUUUUCUUUGUUAUUAGUGUAAAUAUAAAACGUUAGGAAAUGCUAAAAAAAUACAUAAAAAUGAAAAAUGAACGAAAAAACAUUUAAUAUUUUUAGUUAUUACUUAUGAUUUUAAUAGUUAGUCGAGAAAUAGUCAUAAGUCAAAUUCGAAUGACUUUAUGGUGAAAGAACUAAUUUUAUGAGUAAUAUUAAUCAUUUAAAAUUAUAGUUCAUGUUCACAAAUAUAUUAUUUUGUAAAAAAAAAAAAAAUUAUAAUGAAAAUAAAAAAUGUAAGCAUGAUGAGGACACAUAAGUAAUAUAGCUAUUGAAAAUAUGCAAAGUGA